GCAGAAGAAUGUUCUUAAGAAAAACAGCUUCCCAGAAACAUGUGAAUUGGAGAAGCACCAGCAAGUCCCCAGAGCAAAAAAUAUUAGAAGAAAGGUUCCAAGAAUCCACUAUGAUAGGAAACCCUUCAGAUAUGAAUGAUUGGAAUUUCAGAAAUGCUAAGUGAUUGCCCAGUGUCUCAUAGCUGGUCAGUGAAGGAACCAGGGCUCCUCAGUUUCAUUCCCACUAAAUCAAAUACUGCAACAGCUAGCUGGUAAGUGAUUUGAACUUACUGACUAGACAGCACUAAGUUCCUCUUCAUUUUUGACACCUGGGUAUACUUUCCUAUGCGGUAAGUGUUUAAAAUGAUGUUGUAAAUUAUAUCUUAUCCUAAAUUUCUAGAUACUAUUUUACAGCAUUUACUACAUUGCCUGAAAGAGAACUCUGCCUAAUAUUUGUGUCUUAAAGUGGUUGCUAUAAGAUACUAAUAUUGCUAUGCCAUUUUUCGUUUAGCUGAGUACUUAUAUGACAUAUCUCUUUUUCAUUCUUUAAUUUUCAAUCCUUUUGCAUUCUUAUAUUUUAGUAGUACCUUGUAAAUAUCUAUUUUUUCCCUAGAUAAACUUCAGAAUCAUUUUCACAAAACCAAAACAAAUCCUAUUGGGGUUUCAUUUGAGUAGACCAAUUCCUCCUACUUUAUUCUCCUUUUUCAAAAUUGUUUGAAAUUGGCCUUAGAGAUUAAGUCAAGAUGGAAGCCCUUCCUAUUGAAAAAUCACCUGUUCCUUUCCAUUUGUACAAGUAUUUUUUGUUGCUAGUUUAGUCCCCGAGUAUUUAAAGUUUUCUUCAUCUAUGUCUUAAACACGUAUUGUUAAAUUUAUUCCUAAAUAUUUUUGGCUGUUUCAUUGCUUUUUUGAAUAAGAUCUCUCUGUACCCUAGUAUAUUUCUCCACAUAGUAAGUUGAAUGAUUUAUUAAUUUAAUUCACAAUGUCAAUAAAUAAGGAAAAUUUUUAUAUUAUUGAAGCAUCCUUGAACACCUGGAAUGAACCCCAACCAGACUUUUAUUGUUUUCCCACACUUUUCAAGAGGAGACACAGGCAGAACCAUCUUUACUCUGUCAUCUUGAAACUGGAAACACCAAAAGAGGUUUUUUUAAUGCAAGAAGAUUGUCAAUUUCCCCAGUGGACAGAGAGGAAAGGUCUUAUGGAAGCCCUGGGAAUGCAGGGACAAAGGGUACAGAAGAAGCCUUAGAGCUGAGUAGGAAGGAACAUGGCUAUAGGCCCAGCAUAGAGAUGGACUUCCAGAACAUUGAACUAUGAGAGCCAGCUUAAGUUUUUAACCAUUACUUUGUGUGAUUUUUCCACCAUCCCUCAUUUCCAAGGGAAUUAGUUAGGAUAUGGGCUGCUAGGGCUGAUAUAGCAGCUCCAUGACUCUCCCUUCUGGCUGCUCUCUCAUCCUCAGGGGCCACAUCCUCAUCCACAUGGUCCAAGAUGCUCACACCCCUGGCAGCAUUCCCUGGUUGAGGGACUAGGGAGGGUGUGCUCCUUCUCUUUAAGGGCAUAGCAUUGCUUUUUCCUACAGCCUAUUUGCCAGAAGUUAGUCACAUGUCCACACUUUAUUGUAAAGGGUGCUAGAAAGUGUUAUUUUUUUUCUGGACUGUCUUUGCCUUGCUAGAGAUUCUGUUACAUAUAAGAAAGGGAAAACGGGUUGGAAGACAAGGAGUGUGGUCUGCCUCUCCAGGCCUUCUGUAUAGCUUUAGGAACUUGUCAUGCACCUGUCCCAGCACUGUUAGGAGUCGGAGCUUCAUGAUCAUUUAGGAGGCCUUACUUUAUCUGUAAAACAUUUGAGGCCAUUAUUUCUGUGACACUGUGAUCUAGUUCUUUUUUAUUUCUUUAGACAAGACCUCGUUCCUAGCUAAAGGUCUGCUUUCUGGGCUUAGGAAGAAGUGGAAACAGCACUUCUUGCCAAGAGCAGUGUAAUCCCCAGCUAUCAUUCUGACCAAUCAUGGGACCACUUUCCUAUCUGAAUGCUCAUUUUGGGCAACAGUGAUGAUCAGGGAAGAGACAAAGCAGAGAAGAGCUCCUGGUUAGUGUCAUGAUCUCAAGCAUAAGACAUAUCCUACCCUCAGUGGCACUGAAAUAAAGAAAGGUUCUACCAGGAGUUGGGGCUGAAGCCCUUGGACAUGUCAACAACCAAUGUUUAUUGCAUGCCUCCUUUGUGCUGGGCCUUGUGCCCUAGCUGAAGGGAAGAGACUUAGAAUGCUGAGAGGCUGGAGAGAUGAGGGAGGGCUGACUACCUUCCAGUGCAGCCACAUUGGAGGCAUCAGAACUGAAAGGUGAAAGGCCUGCACUGUCAGGGUUGGGAGGGAACUAAGAGUGGUUAAUCCAGGGGCUUUUAGUGCUGUUCCCCUCCCCCAGGCUUCAUUUUGGAAUUUUACAGGGACUUUUUUUGUCACAAGAUUUGGUGAUGUUGGAUGGAAGCCAGGAGGGCCACAAAAAUCCUGCAAUGCACAGGUUGGACCCACCUAUCAAAAAGUUUUCACAGACUUUCAUGUCUUGCUGGACAUUUAUGUGGGUAAAAACUGUUUAGAAAUUACCUGAAUCUAGAGCUUUUUUUUUUCCCCCGAGAUAAACACAGUGUGUUUUUGCACAGUUUUAACAUAGCUGAUUCUCCAGAAAGAUAACUACUGUAUAAUGAAGAGAAGAUUGUACACUGUUUCAUUCAGAACUUUACCAAAAAGGGAUCACCACUAUGGACCACACCUUAUGAUUUUGAAACACCAAUGUAAGAUACAAGCAUUGUGGCUGUGGCAUUCAGUCACAUUUUAUGUGAGGAGGCAAAUUAUCUGAUCAAUUUAUUACUUCUCCUACAAUAGUCAUGACCAAACAGUUACAUUCUGAGAUAUAUAUUUUUUUAAUUAUAAAUUACUUUCCUUUUAUUUCUCUUUUCCCACAUGUUAUUACAUAAAAUUAAUUUUUAAAAUUCAGGCUGUUUAUAUUGCCUGUGAUCUUCUAUGCCGUUAUCUAUGAGUUUCAUGACAGGGGAGUAUGGUGGUCAUUAGGAAACAUUUGUUCCGGAAGGGGGGCCUUGAGUUUGACAGCGAUCCACGGGUCCAGUCCGGAGACUUCCAGAUCUGUCUAUACCUGCAGAUCGACUAAGAUACAGAGCCCCGGCGCCACCCUCCAGGUUGGGACCAGCGCUUGCCUCUCAUUCUUGCCUUCCCAGCCCACUGCGAGGAGCAAUUGCUUUCUGAAUGAGAACCACAGAAGACGAAGAAGAAACAAGUUGGAGGCUCGGAAACAACUGGCUGCAGGGAGCUAGGCCAGAGCACCAACGAGAGGGAGCGCCGCUGCUCCUAGAGAGGCUCGGUCGCGGCCUGGUGACGCACUUCCGGCCGUGCCUCAGAGCCGCCUGCUGCGGAGGGUCGUGAGUCAGAGUCAUUGGGGAAGCAGAAAAAGCAGAGCCCCACCAGGACGUCCGAGAGCAGAAGCCCGGCUUUUGGAGGCCACUGUCUUCUGGAGUGGUGUCGGUUCCAAAAGCUCCAGUCCUUUUCUGAGAGGGAGACCAGGUGAUGGCAGCCAUGCUCCUAACAGUCUGGCCCCAGAAGUCGGUGACCUUCGAGGAUGUGGCUGUGUACUUCACCCAGACGGAGUGGGACGGCCUGUCCCCUGCACAGAGGGCUCUGUACAGGGAUGUGAUGCUGGAGAAUUAUGGGAAUGUGGCCUCCCUGGGAUUUCCCCUUCUCAAACCUGCUGUGAUCUCACAACUGGAGGGAGGAGGUAAGCUGGGGGGCCCAUCUCCACUGGCCUCUGGAACAGGCACAGGCCCCCAGGGCCUCUGGACUGUAGAUAUUGAUAUCCAGACUGACAAUAAUUUGACAGAGGAAAUGUAUGAAGAAAAACAUAAUACAUCAUUUGAACUUCAGAGGGACUUUUCCCAGGAAACAGACUUUUCAGAAACCUAUAUUCUAGAGAAGCAGCAGGAAGUCCACUCAGUAGGAAGUAUCAAGAAAGAAAACAGCAGUGUCAUUGAUGGGACAGUGGAAGAUAAUACAAGCCCCACGGAGGACUGUUUCUUUAGUCAAAAUCCAGACUUGAAUCAGUGUCAUACCAUCUCCCCUGGGGAGCAGCCCCCUGAGUAUACAGGAUUGGAAGAAGCCUUCAGGUUUGACACAAAACUUAUUCAGCAUGAAAUAAUUAAUUCCAGGGAAAGACCUUUGAGAUGUGAAGAAUUAGUGGAAACCUUCAGGUAUAACUCUCAACUUAACCAGGAUGAAGAUAGCUACACUCAGGAGAAGCCCUAUCAGUGUAAGGAGUGUGGCAAAGCCUUUAGCAUUAAUGCAAAAUUAAUUUGGCAUCAAAGACUUCACAGUGUGGAGAAGCCCUUCAAAUGUGUGGAGUGUGGGAAAAGCUUCAGUUACAGUUCUCAUUAUAUCACACAUCAGACAAUCCACAGCGGGGAGAAGCCCUAUCAGUGUAAGGUGUGUGGGAAAGCCUUCAGCGUUAACGGGAGUCUGAGUAGGCAUCAGCGAAUCCACACAGGAGAGAAGCCCUAUCAGUGCAAGGAGUGUGGGAAUGGCUUUAGCUGCAGUUCUGCAUAUAUCACACACCAGAGAGUCCACACUGGAGAGAAACCUUAUGAAUGUAAUGACUGUGGGAAAGCUUUCAAUGUUAAUGCAAAGUUAAUUCAACAUCAGAGAAUCCACACUGGAGAGAAACCUUAUGAAUGUAAUGAGUGUGGGAAAGGCUUCAGGUGCAGCUCCCAGCUUAGGCAGCAUCAGAGCAUCCAUACUGGAGAGAGGCCCUAUCAAUGUAAGGAGUGUGGAAAAGCCUUCAGUAAUAAUGCAAAACUCAUUCAGCAUCAAAGAAUUCACACAGGGGAGAAACCCUUUAAGUGUACUGAAUGUGGAAAAGCCUUUAGUGUUAAAGGGAAAUUAAUCCAGCACCAGAGAAUCCACACAGGUGAGAAACCCUAUGAGUGUAAAGAGUGUGGGAAAGCCUUCAGGUGUAACUCCCAGCUUCGGCAGCACCUGAGAAUCCACACUGGGGAGAAGCCCUAUGAGUGUAAUGAGUGUGGAAAGGCCUUCAACGUUAAUGCAAAACUAAUGCAGCAUCAGAGGAUUCAUACUGGGGAGAAGCCUUUUGAAUGUAAUGAAUGUGGGAAGUGCUUUACUUCUAAAAGAAACCUACUGGAUCAUCACCGAAUCCACACUGGAGAAAAGCCUUAUCAAUGUAAGGAAUGUGGGAAAGCCUUCAGCAUCAAUGCCAAACUAACUAGGCAUCGGAGAAUACACACUGGGGAAAAACCUUUCAAAUGUGUGGAAUGUGAGAAAGCAUUUAGCUGUAGUUCUGACUAUAUUGUACAUCAGAGAAUCCAUACUGGAGAGAAACCCUUUCAAUGUAAGGAGUGUGGAAAAGCCUUCCAUGUUAAUGCCCAUUUAGUUCGGCAUCAGAGAAGCCACACUGGGGAGAAACCCUUCAGAUGUGUGGAGUGUGGCAAAGGCUUCAGCUAUAGUUCUGAUUGUAUUAUACAUCAGACAGUCCAUACUUGGAAGAAACCCUAUGUGUGUAAUGUGUGUGGGAAAGCCUUCAGGUUUAGCUUCCAACUUGGUCAGCAUCAGAGCGUCCAUAGUGAAGGAAAAUCCUAAUGAGAAGGAUGUAGAGAACUGCCAAGGCUAAAGCUGAACUGGAUCAAGUAUCCUCAGAUUCACCCUGGUGGAAUACCCUGAGAGAGAAAUGAAUAUGGCAGAAUCUCCACAAGGAAACAAAGCUUUUCCAUUUUAUUCAGUUUUAAACAUGGAGUGAUGACCAGUUUAAAUAUAACAUCCAAAGAUAAAUUUUUUUUAUACCAACAAUGAAUAGAAAAUAUCUCAUUCCCAACAGCAUCAAGAAAAGUAGAUUUUCUAGGUAUAAACUGAAUUAUUCAGGACCUAUGUGGAGAAAUUAUAAAUCUCCACUGAGGGCCACAAAAGGAAAGUUAAAUAAAUGGGAGAAGAGAGAGAUACCUUGUUCUUAGAUAGAAAAACUCAUGAAGAUACUCUACCUAAAUUAAUUUAUUGCCCUUUUGUUUUUGACAACAAGCAUGCAUCACUUUCGUAAAGAGGAAAAACAAUAAAGAUUUCCUUAAAAAA